AUGGUGGCCACGACCCUCGGCGAGGCCGUGCGGGCAAGCUGCCACCUCCCGGACGCCUUUCUGUCCACGGUCAAGUCGUGGAUGGAGUCCAGGCAACAGUCCCUGGCCGCCUCGGCGGCAAGGAGGGCGCCGCCCGCGCCGCAGGCCAGCAUCAGCACCUUCGAGAGCCUUCGCCGCCGGCUCGAAGAGGCCAUCCGCAACAAGGACACCCAGCUUGUACCUCUGAUUCUGAAACAGGCGGCCAGCCUGGCCGCGGCGGACGGAGGGGCUGCAGGCGCAUUCACGCCUCGAACGGCCAGUGCGUCAACUCCAGCUGCGCCAGGCGGCGCGGCGACCCCGCUGGUGGCGCAGCAGUGGCAGGGGGCCGCCACGCCCAUGGUGCCCCACGCCAUGGGCGCCGCCACGCCCAUGGUGCCCCACGCCCUGGGCGCCGCCACGCCCAUGGUGCCCUACGCCCUGGGCGCCGCCACGCCCAUAGUCACCCAGGCGAAGCAGCUCGACGAGACGCCGCGCCUCGCCGGCGCGGCGACGCCGCUCAUCGCAGGCCAGGGGCCGGUGAAGACUGGCGACGCCACGCCGCUGGUGGGGCAGCCGCCGAUGUGGCACACGCCGCUGCAGGCAACCGCGCUGAGGUCCGGCGGCCCGCCGCCACCAGCGGCGCACGCGGGGCGGCCGGCGCCAGCGGAGGACCGACUUCAGCCCCGCCGGGCCAGCCGACGACGGCUUCCCAGGACAUUCGAGCCCGCCUUCGAGCCCGCGACGGCAACGGCGAGACUGAAGCCGAAGAAGACCGAGCUCCAGGGCGCGUGGACACCAGGAGCCUCGAGGGGCGCGCCCGCGCUGUCCAGAAGCACGCCGGGCGCGGAGCAGGUCGCCGACGCGCUGCGCACCACGGAAGGCGACUUCGCCAGCUUCAAGAAGCUCUGCACGCUGUUCGAGCCGCCUGCGCUCAAGGAGCACCUGCGCAGAAUAGCCGAAGGUGAUCCAGACCUCUUCACCGUCGUGGGGGACCGCGUGUCCCUCCGGGACCCCUCGCGCGGGCCGGCCCUGCGCGGCUUCGUGAAGUGCCUGAUACAGACGCCGAUGAUGCGCAAGGUCAUCCGGCCCGACGAGGUGCACGAGAUCCUGAAUGAUGCCGUCGAUUGCGCCAUGGACGCCGUGCCCCUGGAAGUGGCCAAGGUGCUCAUGAAGGUA